AUGAAGGACUUCUUGAAAAAGGUCCAGGCUGCCGAGGAGAAGCUGUACAUGGUCAAAGCGGUCGGCAAGGUGAAGGGAAAGAUGGAAACAGAGGAGCAUGAGCUGAUCAACAAGUACCACAGCCAAGACCUUCAGGACAAGAUCCAGCUUCUCACCGGCGCGGUGCAAGCGAUGAUCGACGAAGGUCGCCUCACCGUCGAGGAGAGGCCGGUCCUCCAGGAGCAGCUCGCCGCGCGGCGGACUGCAGCCAAGGAGGCGGGAAAGGCCAAGACCGUCGAGAAGGUCGAGACCAUGUUAGUCAGUGUGGGAAAGUCCAAAGGGAUCACCCACCCAGUGAAAAAUCUGGAAGACUUCUACCCGCUGGAUCAGGAGCUGAAGCGGCUUGACCGCUUGUCGAAGGCUCCAGAGAAAAACCUCAGCGACCAUGACAGAGAGCAGGUGAGGAAAAGGCCCUCCUUGCAGGAGGACAUCCGACGAUUGGAGCGGAAAAGCCGCAUGUGGUUCGAAACCUCUGAGGAGUUUCACCGUCGCCUUCAAAAGGCCCUCAUCGAGCUCGAAAAGAUCAAAGCUGAGCAGGCCAAAAGAGAGGCACAGGAGGCUGCAGAGCGCAAGCUCCGGGAGGAGGAGGAGGCGCUCGAGAGGAAGCGGCAGGCCCAUCGCGAGGCAGAGGAGCGCAAGGAGCUUGAGCUCCAGGCCAAGCUUGAGAAGAAGCGCCAGGAGGCCGCCUUAAAGCCGGCGAAGGCAGCUCCUCAAGCAAAGAAGAAAGAGAAGCUCCAGCGAACCAAGCUCGACCCACAUGAUUUCUUCCAGCCCCCACCGCGAGAGGAGGAGCCCGAGACCCAGGCAAACACCGAAGACGCGCAGGAGAGCAACUCCGAUGAUGCUGAUGGCCUGACAACGCCUCCGUCAAGCGAGCAGCCUCACAUCCCGGCGCAGACGCCGGAGCCAAAACCGAAGCCAAAGGCUUCGGCUGUGGCUCCGACCAAGGCCCCGGUGAAGAAGAUUGUCAUUGAGAACAAAUGGGGCUCGGCGGACUCGGCUAUCGACGCAGAAGAUGCGCACGUCGCUGAGGGGCUCGAGGGCCCCUCGCUGCAGGAAGCUGCACAGGUCGAGGCUGCACAUGCGCCGGGCGAGAAGAAGGUGGCAGCCCCGCAGCCGAAAAAGAAGGAGAAGAAGAAGUUUACAAAGAUGGCUGUGACAGACCUGGGCUUCGAUGCCAACAAUCCGAACUACCGGUGA